AUGUCUCCGAUUCAGAUGUUAAAUUCUCCAGGUCUGAAGAGCAUUAGUGGCCUCUGUUCAGCUUUUUCUCUUCAUCUAUUCGGCAGCCGCUGUUGGUGGACAACGGCGGCCUCAGGUGGUGCAUGGUGGGUCCUGCCAAGUCACCGACACGAUUUCUCCCACGCAGGUGACUGGCAGCUGGGCAACGCCGCGGCCAUUGAGCCGAAGGUGGCUGAGCGCCAGAGCUCCCAGCUUAGGAAGACGACGCGACGGGAUGGCGCAGCACCACGGCCUUCAGCACCCUUGCCGUUAGCAGCCUGCCCCUGUCAUAAGUCCUCUCACGACCUGUUGGUUCUUCUGGACGAGAUGGUCAUCUUGCUAGGUUUCGGAGCCCUGUGGGCCUCUUCGCUGCUCGUCCUCGUCACCCUCUCUGCACCAGCAUCUCGCUUCCUUCUUGCUUCCAGUCAGGAUGGGAGGCUUCUAUUUAGGAGGCGCUCAUGGUACUAGGUCUCCAUAGACCUAGCCGUUUCAGAAUGGGAACAAGGUAAUAACGCUCCUUAUGAUAAAAAACACAUAAUAUUGCUUUGGGUCCUGUUAUAGCCACAUUUGUGUUAUGGCCAAAACAUACCAUUUCUUUGUUACAAGUAAGCUUCAUUUCCACCAUAAAAAACUACUUGUUUGGUAUGAAAAUGAAACCAUGAGCAGUAUAUCUCUCGAUGGGUGAAAUUUGGCAAAUGUAGCAAUUUCCUUGGUCGAGCAAAAUUUGUUCUUGGUGCUUGUGUAAUGAUGUUUAUUAAACUAUGGGAAAGAUAAAUACAACAUUGCAUUUUUAAAGAAAUGAUCAUGUA